UCUCCAUCACAAUUGCCGCCUCAACCAUCGCCAACUUCUCCCAUCAUUAUUUCACAAACCUCAUUUGAUUUCUUUGCCCCCUCUUCUUAUUUUCAAAAUCCCACAAUCAUAAUCAUCGAUUUUCAGUUUCCAAUCCCUCGUUUUUUGCAACUAAAAACACGGAUUUUCAUGUUGGUAUUUGUAGGUUCUUUACAUCUUUCGAGAUCCGAACAAGGGUCGUCUUCAAUUCCAGAUCAUCUGGACGGAUUUUGUUUUAUUUUGGUCGUUUUCAUUCAUGUCACCAUCAAACCCUAGUUUCAGUCCCUCGAAAGCAAUCAGUCAGCGAUCUUGUUGCUAAAUCUGGUAUUGGGUUGUGAUUCGAUGUUGGAUUCCGUCAGGUACAAUGUAGAUUGGAUGAGCAGAAAUGGAAAUUCGACUGCCACCACUCUCAACUUCUACUCCAUUUAUGAUCCUCUGAUUUAAUUUCAUAAAAGUUAUUUAGGUUUUAUGCAUCGAUUCAUCGGCACAAGUGAAGAAUAAGAUGAGGGGUAGAAACGAAAGAGACGAAUUGGAUAGCCAUAAAGGGUCUGUGUCCUCACUCGGGGUUGGGUUAACCAGAGUUCUUUGCUUUCUGAUAGUUUUUGUUGUUGGAAUAGUGAUUGGUUUGGUUUCAAGUUCACAUGUAGAUAGAUAUUUCACUUCACAACCUUAUAGUCUUAAACUAAAUCGUGCAUCUCCACACCCUAAUCCAAUGUACACCAACAGCAUUACGAAAACCACGACUGAAACAGAUGAUCGAAACUGUACUACUACUAAAAUUGUGAUUAAUUGUAUUAAAGAGGAUUGUUUGAGUAUGGAAAGCUUUCGGGCACCCAAGAAUUUGAGCCAUGGAAUGACCGAUGAUGAGCUCUUUUGGAGGGCUUCUUUGGUGCCAGAAAAGGCACAUUACCCGUUCGAUAGAAUGCCUAAGAUAGCUUUUAUCUUCUUAACAAGGGGACCUCUUCCUUUUAUGCCAUUGUGGGAUAGAUUCUUUAAGGGUCAAGAUAAAAGGAAGUAUUCGGUUUAUGUUCAUACAAAUCCUGAUUUCAAGCUUGAUGUUUCAAAUUCUUCGGCUUUCUACAAUCGGCAGAUUCCUAGUCAGGCCGUGAUGUGGGGAACCGUGUCUCUAGUCGAUGCAGAAAGGCGACUUUUAGCCAACGCAUUGCUCGACUUUUCUAACGAGCGAUUCGUUCUCUUAUCAGAAAGCUGCAUCCCAAUUUACAACUUCCCAACCAUCUACAAAUAUUUGGUUGGGUCCAUCUACAGCUACCUCGACUCCUACGACGACCCAUCUCGAUACGGGCGGGGCCGAUACAACCGUCGCAUGAAACCCGACAUCCGGCUUCGAGAUUGGAGAAAAGGUUCCCAAUGGUUCGAGAUGAACCGAGCACUCGCCAUCAAAGUGAUAUCCGAUACAAAAUACUACAAUCUCUUCAAAAAAUAUUGCACUCCCGAUUGUUACCCAGAUGAACAUUAUAUGGCCACUUUCGUGCACAUGUUUCAUGAGUCGCUAAACGCUGAUCGAACUGUAACUUAUGUCGAUUGGUCGAUGGGGGGCCCACAUCCAGCAAGUUUUGAUGAUAAAGAUAUUACGGAAAGUUUCAUUCGAUCGCUUAGGAACAAUGGGACGAGUUGCUUGUAUAAUAAGGGAACAACGUCGGUUUGCUUCUUGUUUGCUAGAAAGUUUAAUCCGAGUGCCUUGAAGCCGUUGCUUAAGCUCUCCCUGAAAGUACUUGAAUAUUGAAAGUAUCGAUGUCGAAAGAUAUCAUUUUUGCCAAAAUUUGUUGUAAUUUAGUAGUGUUCUUUUGGUGAAGUACACGGUAUAGAAAUUUUGUGCACUAGUUGUCUGUAUAAUGUUUGGUAACUGUAAAUUUUAUGAGGGUUUAAAGAAGAGUUUUAUAUUCCGUCUUUUUGA